UUCUCCUCUCCUCUUUCGUGAGAGCCCUUUUAGCUUCUCGGAGGGCUUUCAUGUCCUUCGCUAGGGUUUCGUCCUUCCGUUUUAAUUCCGGAAUUUUCCAUCAUUUCGGUUACGGCUUCUCCAUGAAGGUCUUCCUAUUCAGUAACGCAUAAUCAAGGUAGUGCUUUUGCUGAUUUCUGAAUGUUUUGAUGAUUCCAUCUUCAUUAGGAGAUCUGUUUACUGUUCAAAGAAUGCCUUCUUCAAAUACUCACAGUUCUCCUAUCCCAUUCGCAUCAUUUCGUCGCCCUAUCAUUACUAUCAGAAGCGAUCAGGUCCAUUCAGAAAUGAGCCACAUUUCAGACAUCCCAAACUUGGAAUCCUUCCAAAGACAAGUCUCUGCCAGGUUUCAUGAUCUUUCCGGGGUGGAUGCUGAUGAGCUUCUCUCCAUUUCUUGGAUACAGAAGCUCCUGAACGCGUUCAUUAGUUGUCAGGAUGAAUUCCGCUCCAUUUUAGCCGAUAACAAAGCCCUGCUGUCAAAACCACCAGCUGAUAGGAUUGCAGUCGAGUAUUUUGACCGGGCUAUCAAGGCUAUGGAUAUCUUCAACGCAACCCGUGAUGGGGUUGAAACAAUUCGCCUAUGGCAGAGGCAUUUGGAGAUCGUAGUCUGUGCUCUCGAUACCCAACAAAGAAAUAUUGCUGAAGGCCAUAUUCGUCGUGCGAGGAAGGCCUUGAUCGACCUCCAACUUGUGAUGCUCGAUGAAAAGGACAGUGGCUCCAUGUUUUCGCAGCGGAAUCGGUCUUUCGGACGUAAGGUUAAGGAUCACCAACGCAGUUCGUCAUCUGGGACCCAUUCACGGUCGUCAUCUUGGAGCGUUUCCCACAACUGGUCGGCAUCUAAGCAGCUCCAAUCCAUUGCAAACAACUUGACUCCUCCAAAGGCGAACGAAAUCACAGCCACAAGUGGUCUUGCCGUACUCAUCUUCUCGAUGAGCUUCAUUCUACUGUUUGUCUUGUGGGUUCUUGUAGCCACUAUCCCAUGUCAGGACCGAUCCACGCAAGUUAAUUUCACCAUUCCCCGGCAAUAUUCGUGGAGCACGCCUCUGUCUUAUCUUCAUACCCGAAUUGUGGAUGAAUCCAAGAAGAGGGACAGACGUAAUUCAAGUGGAUUGAUGAGUGAAAUAUAUCGGAUAGAGAAAUCCGUGCAGCAGAUGACUGACAUGGUUGAUUCUGUUCAGUUCCCUCUGCCUGAGGAAGUUAAGAAAGAAGUUAGAGAGAAUGUGGACGAGCUUUCUUCAAUAUGUGAGUCUUGCAAGACGGGAUUGGAUCCACUCGAGCGUAAGUUAAGGGAGACAUUCCGGAAGGUUAUGAGUUGCCGGAUCGAGGGUCUUGAGUUCCUAGGAAAGGCUACCGAACAUUAAUCGAGAGAAAAAAAAAAAAAGAAAGAAGUUGCGGAUUGUCAGGGCAACCGGAACAA